UAAACGCAACCACGCCCGUGAAGUUUGGAUUUUAACAUUUGUUGAUGCAUUAUAAAAAUUCAUAAAAAAUUUCAAAAAUAAGUAAAAAUGACUAAAAACAACGAAGUAUUCUAUCGGUUUACACUAAAAAGCAAUGAAAUAUGACAUACAGUUAACCUUGUUCUUUCAUCGACAGUAUAGUGACAUCAUUUAUUCAUUGACUCAGAUGUAAACUAUUCUUAAAGAAUGUUUCCUUCUGUAUUUUGUACUUAGCGACGCCGAUAAAGAUAACGUUAUAAAAAUCAUAUUGGUAACUAAUAUAAUUUAUAAUGAUAGUAUUAUCGUUAGUUUUUUAUUUCUGCAGUCAUGUACUUAGUCAAAAAUACGAGGGUUGUUUUCGGAGUUCUGUGUUAGAUCCGGAUUUACCAACCCCGAUAUCAAAUCGUGGUAGUAUGCCAGCAGAAUGUAUAAAAAAGUGUCGUUCUCGUUAUUACAUGUUUGCUGGAUUAAUGAAUGGUCAAGACUGUUUUUGCGGUAGUAAUUAUGGUAGAAAAGGUAUAUCUACUUCUUGUACUUAUCCUUGCACUGCUGAUCCAAAUAAUUAUUGCGGCAGUCAGGAAGCAAUGAGUAUUUAUUCAACUGGACAAAAAGGUCCUAGCCCACCGAGAAGAAUAGAAAUAAUUCACAAUGGUUUAGAUAGUUUACAAAUUACAUGGGAACCACCCAACAUAUCUAAUGGAAAUAUUACAUCUUAUACUUUGAAAGCAGCAGUUAUCGAAACACACGCUUCUGAUCUAUUACCAGUUGUAGAAAGUCAAGUGCAAGGGGGAACUACAAACAAUAUUACUUUACGAGAUCUACAACCAGGCACAAAAUAUAAUAUAUCUAUAAUAGCAACUAAUACUCAAGGAAAUAGCAAGCCAGCGUAUAUUUCAGGAUGGACACUAAUUGCCCCACCUAAUAAACCAAUUAUGCCAAAAGUAAUAGAACAAACAAGUACUACCAUAACUGUCUUAUUAUCAGAAGGAAAUAGCGAAUAUGGACCUGUUAGCUCAUAUCAAGUAUUUGUUGUUCAGUCUGGUGUAAUACCUCCAUCAAGUCCUAACAUUAUGUACUAUAAUUAUGAAAAAUCAAAGCAAGAAGGUUUAGCAUAUUAUAUUACAGGAGAAUUUGAAUCUUCUGAAUUUUAUAAAUAUAAAAGGUUUACAGUCGGCGAUGGAAAAAUGAUUGGUAGAUAUUACAAUGCACCUCUGAAUACCCAAACAAAUCCUCAGAUAGGUUUAGCAGUGAUAUCUAGAUUUCAAAGAGAAGUGCAAUUUGCUUAUUCAGACUUGAUUAGCAACUUAAAAAGUUACGGUAAAAAUGAGAAUACCAAAAUGGAUACAACAACGAUCGUACUUUGUGUUGCAAUUGGUCUUUUAGGGGCAUUACUUGUAGCUUUAAUAGUAUUGUAUUUUGUAUUGCGACAACGUCAUGAAAAAUUUCGUAUGCAAAAGCUUCCAGAACAACAAGAACUUACAUUACAAGGACCACUAUACGAAGUUGACAAUAUGGCGUAUAUUCCCGAAGAUGUGCCGGAAAGAAUAAAUCAUUACCAAGAACUAAAAAACAAGGUAUGGACCAUACCACAAAAUGUAUUAACAAUUAGUGACACUAUAAUACGUAGAGGACGAUUUGGUACUACUCACACAGGUACAGUGGAGAAAGAUGGCAAAUCUUGUACUGUAGCGAUUCAUAUUAUAGCUGACAGGGUAUUAAAGGCAUCAGAGAAAAGGAAUAUGUUACGAGAAUUGGAUGUUUGUAUUAGAGCAUGCCCUAUGAAAUAUCUUGCAGAUCUAGUAGGAACUUGCGAAACGCAUAAUACAUUGUAUGUUGUACUGGAGUUGCCACUUCAAACAUUAAAAAAUCGAUUGUUGGCUGCAAGAUCCGGAAAUACAUUUCCAGUCGAUCAGAUUCUACCUAUGGGAUCUAUGAUAGCAUCUGCUUUACAACAUCUUGAAAAUUGUAAAAUUGUACAUGAUUAUCUGUGCGCACGUAGCGUAGGUCUUUGCAACGAUUGGACACCUAAAUUAAUGGGUUACGGUAUUGCCAAGUACGCUGUAGAAGAUAUAAAAUACACUCGAUGGAAUGCCGUUGAAUGUUUUGGUAAUAAAAAAAAGCAAUUGCCGGCAGUAAUUUGGGCGUUUGGUGUACUUUUAUGGGAAAUGCUCAGUAUGGGUGGUACACCAUAUUCUAAUCUUGUACUUGAAAGCGAAGUAGAAGAAGCAGUUGAGCGAGGAGUUAGAUUACCACAAUUAUUAGAUACUCCUGACCCGCUUUACGAAGUUAUGUCAUCUUGUUGGCAUGUCGAAAGUGAAGAAAGACCAACACUUUCAGAACUUACAAGAUUGGAUACUUUAAGCAUCUGUCCUAUUACAACAAUUACAGAGCCAUGCAUCCCAGAAUUAGAAUUAAAUUAAUGUCAUUAAUACACAGGUGUUCAUAUUUUUAUUGUAUUUACGUGAUAUUUAUUGUAUUGUACAUAGUAAUCUUAUACUCUUUAAGUAUUCUUAAACACUAUCUUUAUAUACUCUAUACAGUUACCAUUGC